GUUAUAUUCAAGCGGGGGCAAUAUUAAAUGAUAAACAUGAUCGGUCAGCGCCUUCUGAUUAUCACUGGAAAAUUCUUAAAUGCAGGAUGAUUUUAUUCUCUAAUUCGUCCAUAAUGGCGUGCCCGGAUAAAUACGAUUUGAAGAAAAUUCACAUCAUAUUCAACAAAAUUGGCGAUGAUUAUGAUCAACUCAACAGUCUAUUUCAGAAAUUUUCAUUAAAUCAGGAGGGUUCUAUAAACCCGGUUACACCAGAGUUGUAUGAAAUGUGUUUUCAAUAUACCAUGACUGCAAAACUUGCACCAAUAUGGAAUUUGGUUGGAAACGAAUAUUUUGUCAACAAUCGGGAUUUCUUGAUAGCAAAAGGACCACAAGAAGGUGUUCGAUACCAUAUAUCGAUAAGAGACAACGAAACUAUUUUAAAACUAAAGCCUGUAAAAAUACAUUUUAUUAAAUCAGAUAAUGAUUUUAUGCCAGGCGAAUGGAUCAGAAUAUUACCAAGUCUCAACAAAGCUGUCGUAGAAGAAUGCCUCGAUGAUUUGCCCAAGUCUGGACUUUUUAAGUCCUAUAAGGAUAUACGGCGUCACUGGAAAAAUAUUGUAAGUACCUUACAAUAACGAUAUCAUG